AUAGCUCUGGCUGACCUGGAACUUGUUAUGUAGAUCAGGCUGGCCUUGAAGUCACAGAGAUCUACCUGCCUGUCUUCCUGAGUGCUGGUAUCAUAGGCAUGCCCCACCACACUUCACCAAAGAAGAGUAUUUUAAAGACCUAUAACUACCGGGGUGAUAAAUUCACAAUGGAGGUUUCCCCAGCAAUGAAGUUUAGUGAGACCUUUGUGUUUGAGGACAAACUUUUUCCAGGGGAGGACCUGGGGGACCCUUUCUUUCAGGAAAGAGGUCUGGAGCAAAUGGCUGUCAUCUAUAAGGAGGUCCCUCUUGGUGAGCAAGACACAGAGCGUGAGGAUUACGAAGGAAAUUUCAGUCUGUGCUCAAGCCCUAUUCAGCAUCAGGUUAUCUCACCAGGAAUCAGACCUGAGGGAGAGGAGCUAUUCGGCCCAACCUUUUUGCGGAAAUCUGACGUCAGCGUGUAUCAGAUUAUUCAAGAGAGGGAAGAGUCCAGUCCACAUGAUGGUGAGGAAGCAGGCAGGGAGGGCUCAGGACUUAAUGCUGCCCACAGAAGCUCACAGCCAGCCAAGCCCUAUGCGUGCCAUGAGUGUGGGAAGGCAUUCACCCAGAGCUCGCACCUGCUUCGGCACCUGGUCAUCCACACCGGGGAGAAGCCCUACGAGUGCUACCAGUGCGGGAAAGCCUUCAGCCAGAGCUCCCAUCUGCUCCGUCAUCAGAUCAUCCACACUGGGGAGAAGCCCUACGAGUGUCAGGAGUGCGGGAAGGCCUUCCGCCAGAGCUCAGCCCUUACGCAACACCAGAAAAUCCACACUGGGAAGAGGCCCUAUGAGUGCAGGGAAUGUGGGAAAGAUUUCAGCCGCAGCUCCAGCCUCCGGAAACAUGAGAGAAUCCACACGGGCGAGAGACCUUAUCAGUGCAAGGAGUGCGGCAAGGCCUUCAACCAGAGCUCGGGCUUGAGCCAGCACCGGAAGAUCCACACCCUGAAGAAGCCCCAUGAAUGUGAGCUCUGUGGGAAAGCCUUCUGCCACAGGUCCCACCUGAUCCGACACCAGCGGAUCCACACGGGGAAGAAGCCUUACAAGUGCGAGGAGUGCGGGAAGGCCUUCAGCCAGAGCUCCAACCUCAUCGAGCAUCGCAAGACCCACACAGGCGAGAAGCCCUACACGUGUCACCAGUGCAGCAAGGCCUUCAGCCAGAGCUCCUCACUCAUCGAGCACCAGCGCAUCCACACCGGGGAGAAGCCCUACGAGUGCUGUCAGUGCGGGAAGGCCUUCUGCCACAGCUCUGCUCUCAUUCAGCACCAGCGCAUUCACACAGGCAAGAAGCCUUAUGCCUGCGAGUGCGGCAAGGCCUUCCGACACAGAUCUGCACUCAUCGAGCACUAUAAAACCCACACGCGGGAGAAGCCCUAUGUGUGUAAUCUUUGUGGCAAGUCCUUCAGGGGUAGCUCCCACCUGAUCCGCCACCAGAAGGUCCAUGCUGGGGAGAAGCUGUAGAAACGGGAGCCCUGCGGCCAGAGUGAGCCUUGAGCACGUGGCUUGGUCUCUAACAGCCCCCCAACCCCCGCGGCUUCCUUGACCCCAGUGCCGGAUGGAAACCCUGCCACUGGGACCUUCCGAAUAGCCUGUGAACGGGAUCGCCCCUUGCUGGCCCCCCACCCCCACCCCAAGGCUCACCACCUCCAAGUAGCUCCCUAGGGUGCAAGGCAGGACUGCUGGCAAAGAGAGAUGGCUUUCAAUUUCCUCAUUCACACGUGUGAUUCCCAGGCCUCUGGGCUUUAAUUGUGCUUUCUGCUUUUCCUAGAGUCUGUAAAGAGAAUAAAUGUCAAGAGGCAGAGGGUUGACUUGAACCCAAGAAAGUGUGAGAUUAACUCUACAUCAGCCCGAAGUCAGGCACUUUCAGAAUGGAGAGAGACCCACUCACAUUUGGAGUCAGCUGAAGAAAAUGAAUUCUAAAGUAGACAGAGGCAACAGAGUUCUCUGUCUUGAUCUGGCAUCAGGGAUGUAUAACCUGCUUAACAGGGCAGAAAGAGUUGGAAGGACUGAUUUUGAACUGAGUGUGGCAGAUUCCUGUGUAUGGCCUCAUAAGCUCUCAUUAGCAGGAGGGGGGAUUUUUGUUAGGUGGCUCUGUUGGAGCUGUGGAGGUUUGGUUUUGUUGUGGCCAGAAGAUAUGUGAUGACUGUGAUUGGCACCCUCUUGGUGAAACUUCUCGGACUCAGUGCUCCCAGCACCACAGCGUGCCAUUUCUUCUCUGUGCAUUGGUUGUGUAGCCUUCUCUCUUUGCUCCCUGGUGUCCAGACAUGGACAACAGGUGAUUUGCAAGAAGAAACCAUGGUUCAAGCAGAAGGUCUGGGUUCAAGUCCUAGUACUGUCUCCCUCUACUUGUGUGACCUUGAGGCAUGUUUCCUCCAGACCAGACGCACAUGUAUCCACUGGACUGCCGUAUCAGUGUCAUCUGUUUCCUUUGUGCUCUCUUCUUUCUCUGCUGCCAACUGGACUUCAUCUGAGAGUUGGUUAAAAGAUGCCAUUGCUUUUGCUCCACCUGCAUCAAUUCUAUCCACAGCCUCGGAGUUGCAUUCUAUGGUGUGUUUCUGAAGCUUCCCUGGUGAUUAUAAGGCAGAGUGUGUGGCCAGGCUCUGAGCCCUAAGCUGUCUCAGGUAGUUCUGAGAGCUUCCAGCAUCACCUACUCACCAAGGGGAGCUUAAAGAUUAUUUAUCACUCCGCAGACCUCUACGUUCUGAGUGUGGGCUCAGACCAUGAGAGUUGCUGGCCAGUUGAAAAACAUUUGUUGUCCCAGGCAGGGAAAACAAUCUCUGUCUCCCCCCUGCACUCCCACUAUGGGUAGAACACAAGGCUUUGCACAUUCUAGGCGGUGCCCUACUACUGAGCUCUGCCCCAGCCCCCCGGGAUCUCUUUGGUGCUGCUUCCACCCACCCCUUAAAGCCAGUGGAGAAAGAGGAAGUCUGGGCUGUUUUGAAGUUUUCCAAAGUUUAUGGCUGGAAUCACGUGAACUCUUCACUGAAGAUGCUGUUUCUUUCAUUUGGUGAGCAGCUGAGUUUUGAUGAAUAAACAUGGGAAAGCCAUAUUUGUUCUUUAGGGUGUGGUAAAGCAGAAAUUACAAAUGAUGGGUGGUGUGAUGGGCUGGAGAAAUCACCGUGGGAAUCCUGACUACUUCCAUCAGCCAUGUGCCCUAGAACCCACUGAACAACCAGCUGGACCACAGAGGCCAUGGGAGUGAAGAGAGAGUGCCAAGACACACUUGGGACAGCAAGGGCAUCAGGCAGGGGCCCCUGAAAGAGCUACCUCCUUUUAAUGUCCCUCACCCUGUCAUCUCCAUUCUGCCUUCACCUUGACUAGGCAGGUCCUUAGCCAUCCUGCAUCUGCCACCUUCCUGGGGUCUGUCCCUCCCCAUCAUUCCUGCAUACCCUAGCCCAAUUGAUUUUUAAAGCAUCAUUUUGCACACAUUCUCCUUAAGGCCAACUUUCAGGAACUUUUUUGCGCAUACACUUUUUGUUUACUUGUUUUGAUGUUUUGAAAUGGGGUCUUCCAUAGCAGAGGCUGGUCUUGAUUCUUCAGCCUCCACUUUCCAAAUGCUGGGUUUAUAGAUAUGUGUCAUCAUGCCUAGUUUAUAUCAUGCCUAGUUUAUAUGUACAUUUUUUUUUCUUUGAAGAAGUUUCAAGUCGCUCAGACUGGUCUUCAAUUUAUUAUGUAGCUAAGACUAGCCUUGAACUUCUGAUAUUUCUCCACCUCCAAGUACUAGAAUUACAGCUGUAUGCCCCCUGGCUAACAACCUGUUUGAGCCAAUCUGUUUUACCGAUGAACAAACCAAUGGAGGUCAGGCCAUUCCCUGCCAGAUGCUGUCUCUGUUCACCUGACUUACUUUUUGCUGUUCUCAUGUUUCAGAAAGUCACUUUCUCUUUUCUCCUCCCCAGCUCUUUCCGUUUUUCCUUUUUUAUGUAACAUGGGGAUUAAGACAACCUGAUUCAUUGGCAGAUUCUUAUACAAACCUGGUAAGACCAUGAACUUUUUAAAAAAAAAAGUAUGAGCAGAGCCUAGUUACUCUUGUUCAUGUUUAUUCACUGUUUUGUUGUAUAUUUUGUGCUUGUUUUGAGACAUUGUUUUGCUAUGUAGUCCUGGCUAGUACUUUCUGUGUCACUCAAGCUGGCUCUAAACUCAUAGCAAUUCUCCUGCCAUAGCCUCCCAAGUGCUGGGAUUAGAGGCAUGUAUCAUGUAUCUCCAUGCCUGGCUUAUUGUCUUUUUUUUUUUUUUUUUUUAAAGAUUCCAUUAUAUUUUGAUUUUCAGCCUAAGGUUACAAGAGAUGCCACAUGGUCGUAUUUUAGUUACCUUUUAAUUGCGCUCUCUCUGGGCUGGCCUCACUUUUGUUUUGCCUUUAUCCAGCAGUGGCUGGCUUUGUCAGCAGUUCCUGUUACCAAAGUCCAAUUCUUGAUUUUGUUUACUAAUCUAAAUGUUUUGUCAGAGGAUUGAAUUCUCUUUCUCUCUCUCUGGCUUAAUACCUUCCAGUUCUGCGGUGAGGGGCCUGUAGAAGGAAUCCUGCAGUGAGGGGGCUGUAAAAGGAAUCCUGCAGUGUGUUUGAGUUUCUAUUCAUUUUAUUCUUUAUUUUAUUACUACUUUUUUUUUUUUUUUUAAAUUUUGGUCAUUUUGAGACAGAGUCUCCCUGUAGCCCCAGCUGUCCUGGAACUCACUAUGUAGACUAGGCUGGCCUUGAACUCACAGAGAUCUGCCUGCCUCUGCCUCCCAAGUGCUGGGAUUAAAGGCGUGCGCCACCACACCCAGCUUUAUUACUACUUUUUAGAGAUACAAUCUUACUAUGUUGCUUAGACUGGUCUCAGACUCCUGAGCUCACAUGAUCCUUCCUCAGCCUCCUGAGUGUCUGGGAUCAUUGGUGUAUGCCAUCAUGCCCAGUUUCUA